CUCCACCUCCUCCUGCGCCUCUCCCAUCCCUCCCGACUCUCCCAUCGAACCCACAAACCCACAGACAGCGGGACACGGCGGCAGGACAGUCCCUUCGCUCGGGACAUGGGCCGCUUCCUCUGAGCAUCAGCGCUGCGUUUAGAGCCACAUUCUGCACAUUCUGCGGGAUUCUGUGGGAUUCUGUGGGGUUGUGUCCACAGCAGACGCAGAGGAGCGUUUUUCUUUUGGUUCAAGUGUGUGACUGAAGCAGGAGAAGAUGUCUCGGGGCGCGAUCCAGCCCAGCCAGCAGAAACUGGCAGAAAAACUGACCAUCCUCAACGACCGGGGCGUGGGGAUGCUCACCCGGGUCUAUAACAUAAAGAAGGCGUGUGGAGACCCCAAAGCCAAACCUUCUUAUCUGGUGGAUAAAAACCUGGAGUCUGCCGUUAAAUUCAUAGUGAGAAAGUUUCCUGCUGUGGAAACGCGCAAUAACAACUUGGCCCAGCUCCAGAAGGAGAAGUCUGAGAUUCUGAAGAACUUGGCGCUUUACUAUUUCACCUUUGUGGAUGUGAUGGAGUUCAAAGACCAUGUCUGCGAGCUGCUCAACACCAUCGAUGCCUGCCAAGUCUUCUUUGAUAUUACUGUGAACUUUGACCUCACAAAAAACUACCUUGACCUGGUGGUGACCUACACGACACUGAUGAUCAUUCUCUCCCGGAUCGAGGAGAGAAAAGCCAUCAUCGGACUUUACAACUACGCUCACGAGAUGACACACGGCGCCAGUGACAGAGAGUACCCGCGCCUGGGCCAGCUCAUCGUGGAUUAUGAAAACCCUUUGAAAAAAAUGAUGGAGGAGUUUGUUCCACAUGGGAAGUCUCUGUCGGACGCCCUGAUCAGUCUACAGAUGGUCUAUCCACGACGGAACCUUUCAGCUGAUCAGUGGAGGAACGCUCAGCUGCUGUCGCUCAUCUCGGCGCCGUCCACCAUGUUGAAUCCCGCCCAGUCCGACACGAUGCCCUGUGAAUAUCUGUCAUUGGAUGCGAUGGAAAAGUGGAUUGUCUUCGGCUUCAUCUUGUGCCACUCGGUGCUGAACAGUGACACGGCGGCGCUCUCUCUGUGGAAACUGGCUUUGCAGAGCUCCACGUGUCUGUGUCUGUUCAGAGAUGAGGUCUUCCACAUCCAUAAGGCUGCAGAGGACCUGUUUGUCAACAUCCGAGGCUACAACAAACGAAUCAAUGACAUCAGAGAGUGCAAAGAACAGGCCCUGUCCCACGCAGGCUCCAUGCACAGAGAGAGGCGUAAGUUUCUCCGAUCGGCCCUGAAGGAGCUCGCCACUGUCCUCGCCGACCAACCCGGACUCCUGGGGCCAAAGGCUCUGUUUGUGUUCAUGGCCUUGUCGUUUGCUCGUGAUGAGAUCAUUUGGCUGCUUCGACAUGCAGACAAUAUCCAGAAGAAAAGCACAGAUGACUUCAUAGACAAGCACAUCGCAGAGUUGAUUUUCUACAUGGAGGAACUUCGAGCUCACGUCCGGAAAUACGGCCCCGUCAUGCAGCGCUACUACGUGCAGUAUCUGUCGGGGUUUGACGCUGUGGUGCUCAACGAACUGGUCCAGAACCUGUCUGUGUGUCCUGAGGAUGAGUCUAUCAUCAUGUCUUCAUUUGUCAACACUAUGACGUCUCUCAGUGUUAAACAAGUGGAGGACGGAGAGGUGUUUGACUUCAGAGGCAUGAGACUGGACUGGUUUAGACUGCAGGCUUACACGAGCGUCUCUAAAGCGAGUCUGGGCAUCGCUGACCACAAGGAGCUGGGCAAAAUGAUGAACACUAUUAUCUUCCACACUAAGAUGGUGGACUCGCUCGUGGAGAUGCUGGUGGAGACGUCAGACCUGUCAAUCUUCUGUUUCUACAGCCGUGCUUUUGAAAAGAUGUUCCAGCAGUGUUUGGAGCUGCCGUCUCAGAGCCGUCACUCCAUCUGCUUCCCUCUGCUGUGCACACACUUCAUGUCCUGCACACAUGAGCUCUGUCCUGAGGAGCGUCAUCACAUCGGGGAUCGGAGCCUGUCUCUGUGUAACAUGUUUCUGGAUGAAAUGGCUAAACAAGCUCGAAACCUGAUCACAGACAUCUGCACAGAGCAGUGUACUCUCAGCGACCAGCUCCUUCCAAAGCACUGUGCGAAAACCAUUAGCCAAGCAGUGAACAAAAAGAGCAAGAAGGCAACAGGAAAGAAAGGCGAGCCCGAGCGGGAGAAGCCUGGGGUCGAGAGCAUGAGGAAGAACCGCCUGCUGGUCACAAAUUUGGACAAACUCCACACUGCGCUGUCCGAGCUCUGUUUCUCCAUUAACUACGUGCCAAACCUGGUGGUGUGGGAGCACACCUUCACCCCCAGAGAGUACCUGACCUCGCACCUGGAGAUCCGCUUCACUAAGUCGAUAGUGGGCAUGACCAUGUACAACCAGGCCACUCAGGAAAUAGCCAAGCCCAGUGAGCUGCUGACCAGUGUGCGAGCGUACAUGACCGUGCUCCAGUCCAUCGAGAACUACGUGACCAUCGACAUCACCAGAGUCUUCAACAACGUCCUGCUGCAGCAAACCCAGCACCUGGACAGUCACGGAGAGCCCACCAUCACCAGCCUCUACACCAACUGGUACUUGGAGACUUUACUGCGUCAGGUCAGUAACGGACACAUCGCCUACUUUCCCGCCAUGAAGGCCUUUGUGAAUCUGCCCACGGAAAACGAACUCACCUUCAACGCAGAGGAGUAUUCAGACAUCUCUGAGAUGCGUUCCUUGUCCGAGCUCCUGGGGCCGUACGGGAUGAAGUUCCUGAGUGAAAGUCUCAUGUGGCACAUCUCGUCUCAAGUGGCUGAGCUGAAGAAACUUGUGGUGGAGAACAUGGAGGUGUUGACCCAAAUGAGGACCAGCUUUGACAAACCAGAGCACAUGGCUGCACUGUUUAAGAAACUCACAUCUGUGGACAGUGUUUUGAAGAGAAUGACCAUCAUCGGGGUCAUUCUGUCGUUCCGUUCUUUGGCUCAGGAGGCGCUCAGAGACGUCUUAUCCUGCCACAUUCCUUUCCUGGUCAGUUCAGUGGAAGAUUUCAAAGACCACAUUCCAAGAGAAACAGACAUGAAGGUGGCCAUGAACGUGUACGAGCUCUCCUCUGCCGCCGGCCUGCCCUGUGAGAUCGACCCGGCCCUGGUGGUGGCGCUGUCGUCACAGAAGAGCGAGAACAUCAGCCCCGAGGAGGAGUAUAAGAUCGCGUGUCUGCUCAUGGUGUUUGUGGCGGUGUCUCUCCCGACUUUGGCGAGCAACGUCAUGUCCCAGUACAGCCCGGCCAUCGAAGGCCACUGCAACAACAUCCACUGUUUGGCCAAAGCCAUUAACCAGAUCGCAGCGGCGCUUUUCACCAUCCACAAGGGGAGCAUCGAGGACCGACUUAAGGAGUUUCUAGCGUUGGCCUCCUCGAGUCUACUGAAGAUUGGCCAAGAGACGGACAAAAUGACCACACGGAACCGAGAGUCUGUUUAUCUGCUGCUGGACAUGAUCGUGCAGGAAUCUCCUUUCCUCACCAUGGACCUGCUCGAGUCCUGCUUCCCCUACGUCCUGCUGCGGAACGCCUACCACGCCGUGUACAAGCAGAGCAUCAGCGCCAACGCGUAGACACGACCCUCACCCUCCCACUCCACCCACACCCCACCCCCACCCGUGUGACUCCCAACACUAACAGUUUAUUUUAAAGGUCCCAUAUUACACCGUUUUCUGAUCUGUUCUAAUGUUUCCUCGUCACAAACAGACCCUGGAGUUGCGUUUUGUUUCAUUCACCCUGCAGAUUUAGGCUGAAUUCUUCUCUAAAUCAAACAAAACACACCUCCAGACGUGUUUUUUGAUGAGCUAACGUCAUUAUAACACGACUUAAACCUCACACAACUCCAUUUUGGUGUAACAUCGGACCUUUAAACAACAUAAUAAUCGUCUUAAGUAUUUUUUUUGAGAAGCUAACGUACAAUUGUCAUGACGUCACAAACUUUCCACUACUUCCGCGAGUUUGUGUCCGAGACGUUUGGAUUUUAAGAGAGAAAGUUUAUCCAGAAUGCAGCUAAACACUAACACGAAACACUAAAACGCCCAAACGCACCGCGACCCACAACCUCAGACCAAACCAAGAACCCAAACCUCCGACAGAUUCACCCGGCUGUUUCCUGGGACCACUGCGACGCGGCAGGAGCACAAUCUAAACCAUAUAAAUGUGGUAUAUUUAUAAUUAUAGAUCUAUAACUGUGGCUCUAAUAACUUUGUGUUGACAGAAGUGAAUGCCACAGAGAGGGACUGUUUUACUGACGACGGGUGGCACGUGUCUGGAUGACGACACACACGAGCUGAUUCCAUGGGCAUCUCUUCGUUUAAACCCUUUUAACGCUAAUAUUCCUCCAUUUUGUUCCGAGUGCAUUUGUAUAACAGUGGUGUUUUUCUUGCUAGCCGUAACAUGAACUCUUUUCGUGGGUAAGAUAGAAGUUUGCUUUGAUGUGACUGUUCUCAAUGUUUUUAUUUUUUAUUUUUACCAUUUGCCAAACAUAAAUGACAUUAAUGUACAGCUGUAAACAUGGCGUCUGCACAGUGAUGUUUGGAUUUGCACCCUCCCGGAUUACCACAUGUUUUGGUUUCAAGAUAUUCGCUCUGCCUGGACCAGUGUAGAGUUAUUUUAUCCCCAAAUAACAUGAAUAUUAUGUAAGAUAUUCACUCUGCCUGGGCUCGUGUAGAGUUAUUUUAUCCCCGUGUUUAAAUCUAGAUCCAAAUUUCCAUGUUCUAGAGGAAUUCAUAGACAAGUAGUAAAGUACAGACGCCUAACACUGCACUUGAGUCAUUUUAAAGUGGAUAUCACUACUACUAUUACUACGUCACUACUACUACUACUACUACUAUGUCACUACAUUUGAGAGCAGUAUCUGUACUUUCUACUCCACUACAUUUUUGAACAGGACUGAAAAGUAAAAGUAUUUUUCUUAUUGUGUGAGACCCGCUGAAAAGGCUGAGUGUUUAUUUUUAACACGUUUAGAAUUUGAAAAAAAAGAAAGAAAUACAAAUAAUAAAAUGUAAAAAAUAUACAAAUAAAAACUGAAAAAAUGAUCAAUUCAACAAAAUUCAGCUCAAAUCUUUGUCAAGAUUGCCACAUUUGCAUCUUCAUAAGACUCAAAAUCUGCAAAAUACUUUAACUUUUUACUCUUUAAGUACUUUAAUACUAAGAUUUUUUUCAUGUGAUGCUUUUACUCUUUUAUUUUUUGCUCCAGUAUCUGUUCUUUUACUUACGUAACACAUCACAUGGUCCAGGUUUGUUGAAUAACUCUAAUAAAUGAUCCAAACUGCAUCUGUAUUUACUGUAUAUUUCACCUUAACUUAAAUCCUGAAGGGUGCAGAUGUUUCCUUUGACUUCAGUGUAAGUGCGAGUGUCCAGCGAGUGUCCAGCUGCAUGUGUCCCGUGGGACGCUGGAGCUGGUCCACAGAGACGUGCUCAUUUUCUAGUUUCUGUGACUCCUGUGUAAUUGAACUGAAUCAAAUAAAAGGCUGUGUCAGAC